AACUCCCUGAAUAAUUACUCUUCUGUGAAAGGAGGUACAGCAUGGAUUGGUGAAAAGUUAGUUGUUCAUCAAUAUGGGGUGUGGAACAAGCAGUCAAACAGUAGAGAGCCCCAAGGGAGCGGGGUCAGGGCACCAAACCAGGAGAACCAGCAACACCCAAGGCCGUGCUGAUGGUAUUGUGGCAGAAAAUCCAACAGUACAAAAUAUGGGACAAGCAAGUACAACAAAGCAAGUAGAAAGACAAAGUGGAAUAUCAGAAAAAGAAGCAAUACGGUCCUCCUCCAGGGAAAACUCACAGUUGUCUGUAAAAAGCAAUGGUGUAAUUAAAGAGGAAACUAAGGAUCAGGUGUCUAUAAAAUCUAGUAGUUUGUCAAAUUGCAAAGAAGACAAACAAGAGAGUGAUCUGUCUGAAGAAAAGGCUCAAGAUGGGAAGAAGGAAGAAAAUGUAGUGGAAAAUGAGAAUCUGCAAAUAGCUAUGGAAGAGAGACCAUUAUCUGGAGCUGAUGGUAUGUCUGAUGUCAAAGAAAGGGAAUCAAGAGAAGAGGAAACCAAAGAAGCUGAUAUAAAGGAAGAAAAUAGGAUGGAAGAUGAGAAUCCACAGUUGAUGAAUGAGGACAGACCAUUGUCUGCAGAAGAGAGUAAAGUCAAUGCUGAUGACUCUUCUAACAUUGAACCAAUCACAAAAGAGGAUUCACAGCUGUCAAUCAUGUCUGCUUUCAGUGGAGCAUCCAAUGGUAUCAUUUCUAUGACAGAGGAUGAUAAAAUAACAGCAGAAGAAUCGGCAGCUUUGGUUGCUAACGUGAUACAGAUGGCAAAUGAAAAUGUUCAACAACUGGAGGAAAUGGAGGAAGAAAAUGACAGCAGCCUUAAUGAGGGGUCAGUUCAAAGUGUGAAAGAUGAAGAGUGGGCGUCAUCGUCAUCAUUGAAUGAAGAUAAAGAAGAUAAGGCAGAAACGACUUCUAAACCACGGACCGCAGGACAGGUUUCACUUCAUGAAAAAUCAAAGGGAGAGAAGCAGGAGGAAAAUACUGUAUCAAAUGAAGAUAAACCAAGGGAGAUAAUCAAUGAUAAUGUCUGUGAUGAAUCCACAGAGUUACCUCCCCUACCUCAGAGGGAAAGGCCUGCAAAUUUUAAAUGUCUCACAGCUUUUGGUCACUCCAAAUGGCCAAUUAGAAAUUUUGCGAAGUUAGACUUCAAUGUUAACUCUGGCCAUGGAGGCUGUGCUGGAUUGCUCCUGGCAUCAGAUUUCUACGGAGGGGCAGGGAAAUGCUGCAACUCGAGGAUCUCCUUCCUCAGGUGUGGCUUUGACUGUAACCAUUUCAGCCAUGCUAAUCUAAAGGACAGCAAAGGGGAGCACUUCGGCCCAGAACAGAAAUAUAUUGUGGAUGAGGAAGGGGGAUUUCUGGGAGACCUGCAAUUCGGAAGCAACCAUGUGAUGUUGCUGACCAACGAUUCCAAGAACGGCAGGCUCGGUAAUGGGUUUAUGGUGGAGGCGUCCGGGAACGAGACUGAUCUGUGUGUCAAUGUGAAUGGGUCAGAAGGAUCCAAAAAUGGUGGGGGGACCACCUUAAUCUUAUGCAGUGGAACAGAGGAAAACAAGCCUGUAACAGCCAUCUACAUGAUCAGCACUGGUGGGAAGGAGAAUUAUAUGGCCAGUAGUUUAAUGUCAGGAGGUGACAAGUGGAAGUUUGGGGUGACAGCUCGUAACACUCUAAGUGUGAGUGGUCCCAGUGACAGUCGCUAUGCAGUGUACCACAACAGAGAAGAGCUUGUCUUACAAGAGCCAGGAAUGAAGCAGUCAAACGUUCUGAUGACCCAAGCUUGGGAUGGAACAGAACCCACAGUACUGGCAGACGAUGUUCCCUCACAUGGCUGCUUUGUUGUCCUCUGCUCCAACAGCUCUGGAGCUGACGAUCAUACUUGCGCUGCAUUUUACCUUGUUUCUGUCGAAGCAGAUGGCAUUGCUUAUAAGCUGGUGAGUAAACUUCAUGGAGAAGGCUACACCACGGGAGAUUUGUGGAAGUUUGAGAAGUCUGGGAACACCAUAAUUGUGACUGGUCCAAAAGGCCCCUGUCGCUAUGUGGUUCUGUCUAACAAUGAAUACAAGGACCAGCAGUAUAUAUUCCAGGACGUGUGUCUGGCCACCGGCUCACCUCAGCCAAUCAGAGGACAGGUGGAGAUCACCAUGCAAGGAGUACAGGGCAUUGUGGAGAAACCCAGCAAAAUUUGCAUCCAGGUUGAUGGGAAAGUUGUAAGAAUAUUUGAACCAGACAACCUGAAGAAAGUCAAAGACGGAUUUGGAUUCAAGCGGCUCUGGAAGUCAAGAGAACUCCAUUGUGGGGCAAAUUUGAUCAAGGUCACCAUUCUGGGGAAACAUGUGACAUUGGGUACGGAGGAGGUGAUUCCCCUGCAGGGAUCCCCCUGCCAGCUGGAGGUACAGAAGGACUUGGUGUACUAUGGUUUGAACUGUGGGGGACCCACUUAUACUGCCCUCAAUGGUGUCACUUACACCAGCGAGCACAGACAGUUUGCCAGCUUCACCUACGAUUUCAACUGUGGGUCCCGAUGUUUGGCUUAUGGAAAGAGUUGUGGAUUAGUGACCAUUUAUGAGCUAAUAAACAACACUCACGAUGGAUUUCUGUAUGCCACGGUCAGAACAAAGUACACAGAACCCCUCGAUGAGCAGAAAGUUAUUUACACUGUGAAGUCGCUACAGAUUCCUGAUGGACAGUAUAUACUACGCUUGCAUUAUGUCGGUAAAGGCUAUAAAACACACAGCAUUUCCUUUAACGGGCAAUCCAUUGCAUCCCAGGUUGCUGCUGCCGGAGAUAAAGUGAUGGAUAUCGGGGAGCAGGGUCUGACAGCAUUCCAUGCAGACAUACUGGUCACCAUCAACAACAACCAGUUUGUGUUGAAUUCCAUGGCUCCCAUUGCAGGCUUCGCUCUGUUAGACAAGGCCUUCAAAGACCCCCAAAAGUCUGAGGAGGAACUCAGGAACGAUAGAGAGGAGAAAUCCAGAUUAUCAGACAAAAUCGAGCCAGUAACAAGAGCCAUGUUGAGGAAAGAAAUGGAGAUUGUGGGUUGGUCUCAAAACCUGUUAAAAAACUUCAGUGGUGAGGAAGGCGACUUAUCCCAUUGGAAUAUAAGUGGUGACUGGGUUAUCCAUGAAGGCGGGUAUAACACAGAGAAAGCCUUCAAGACGUCAAACAUGUGGUGCACCAAAUACCAGGAAGUGGACCUGACCCAGCACUUCUCAGAGCAGUACCUAGACACAGCACCGGACAUACAGGUGACAGAGUGGUACAGAGAAGGGGUGUGUGGAGGUGGGCACUACAAAAUGGAGGCUCAUCUGCUGGACGGCGAAGGCAAUCCUAUCAAGAGUCAUGUGAUGCCGGAAACGGGCCGCAUCUACCGUAACAAUAAGUGGGAGCAGAGUGGGACCGUGUUCUCAAACUACGGACCAGGGGUCAGAUACGUGUCCAUCGAGAGCUCAGGGAAGGAUGACAAGUAUUGGGGCGGCCAUUAUGGAGUUAUUAUGUCAAACUCGGUCAUCCGUGUCAAACGUGAAGUCCACUCAGCCGAGGGCGACAAAUUUGAAGAUAUUGAAAUGGACCCUGAUGACAACUCUAAGCUGUCCAGCAAAGUGGAUGGUCUGGUGGGGAAGGUUUUGACGGACAACAGCGAGCUGCUUAAAAACUAUCUACAGGAUCUAGUUGUCCCUGUACUUGAUGAGAAGUUUGAGAAACAAGUCGAGAUAAAACCAGAGGCACCGUCCGGACGAGUCAGCAAGCCGCGGGUCAAGCGGAAGAAGAGGGAGAUCCGGGUGUUCGUAUCCAGUACAUUCAAGGACUUCUCCCAGGAACGCGAGGAGAUCAUCAAGAAGAGCUUCAGAGAGAUUAAUAAACUGUGUGCAGAGAGGGGAAUCUUCUUUACCUAUGUGGACCUCAGAUGGGGAAUUUCAACAGAGCAAUCAGACAAUGGGAAAACUAUAGCUAUUUGUUUGAAGGAGAUUGACCGUUGUCGUCCUUAUUUCCUGUGUCUGAUGGGAGAGAGGUUUGGCUGGUCACAGAAGGUUGGCACUGACGAUAAAUUGCUCUCAAAGACGUACGAUUACGCCAUCGAGAAUGAGAAGUCCCUGAAAUGGAUAGAGAAUCACAGAUAUGAUACCAGUGUUACUCAGCUGGAAGUCCUGCAUGGGGUCCUUAAUGACGUUGAGGCUAAUCAUGACAAAACCUUCUUCUACCUCAGGAACCCAGUGCAGAUGGGCAGCAUGGACGAGAAGGAACAUAAGAAAUUCAAAGCUGAGUCUGAGUGGCAUUUUGAGAAACAGAACAUGUUACGACACAUGAUAGAGGAGCAUGCCGGCAAGAUCAAUGUCAGGAAAUUCUCCCUCCCGGCCGAGGUCUCCAAUAUGAUCAAGGAGGAUUUACAGGCAUGCAUAGAGCAGGAUUUUCCUGUAGGAUCAGAAUUAACUCCCCUUGAGCGUGAGAGAGAGGCUCACCAGGCAUUUGCUGAUGUUCGCUGCCAGGUGUACAUCGGCAGGCAGGAGUACUUCACUCAGAUUGAUGAGAAACUGGAGGCAGGAAUUGGGGAACCUAUGGUCCUACUGGGGGAGUCAGGCUGUGGAAAAUCGGCACUGGUAGCCAACUGGGCAGAGAAAACUCGGACUAAAUACCCAGAGGCCUUCAUGUUUGUCCACUUCAUCGGAAGUUCUGCUGAAAGUGCUGGAUACUUGAAGCUGUUAAGAAGAUUGUAUGAGGAGAUGAAGGCUUUCUAUGGACUGGAUAUGGAGGUCCCUACCUCUGAGAUGGCAUUGGUGAGAGACCUCAGCAAGUGGCUGAAGGCUUGCAGCAGGAAACAGAAACUGAUCAUUGUUCUGGAUGCACUCAACCAGCUGGAUGAUGGCUCCAAGGAAGAUGGUGUGGAGCAUGACCUUCAUUGGAUACCUGGCAAACUUCCAAAGAAUGUGUUUAUUCUGUUGUCAACUUUACCAGGAAGGGCAAUGAAUGCUGUGGUCAAGUUUGGCUGGCCCACUAUGAAGGUGUCUCCCUUAGACAAUUCUCAGAAAAUGGAGAUUAUUACGGGGUAUUUGGAGGGGAUCUACGGUAAAACCCUCAGCCAGGAGCAGAAGGAGAUGAUAGUAGAGGCCAAGCAGACCAACAACCCCCUCUAUCUCCGCUCCCUGCUGGACGAGGUGAGGAUGUACGGGAACUUCCGCAUGUUAACACAGAAGAUACAGGAUUAUCUACUGGCAGACAGCCCUGGCGUGCUCUUCACAAAAAUCCUCGAAAGACUCGAGGGCGAUUUUAAUGAGGAAAACUCUUCUAAGAACAUAGUCCAGGAAACCACCACUGCCCUGUGGUGCUCAAACCGCGGGAUGGCUGAGAGCGAACUAGUGGAACUCCUCGAGGUACCUAUGGCUGUGUGGUCUCCGUUUUACAUGAGCCUGACGGACAGCCUGGUCAACAAGGAUGGGAUCCUGAACUUUUUCCAUGACCAUCUGCGGCAGGCGGUGGAGAGGAAGUACCUGAGCACCGCAGAGGACAAGAGAGCCACCUACCACAAACUGGCUGACUACUUCGCCACUAAAGAAUUGACAGACAGAGUGGUGGAUGAGCUGCCCUUCCUGUUGGCCAAGGCCGGGGAGCUGGAGAGACUUAAGGCGACCAUCAGUGAUCUCAGCGUGUUCCAAAGGCUGAGUCAGGAGGAGGACCGCAAGUUUGAGCUCAUCAAGUCCUGGCAGAUUCUAGGUGACUAUAACCUGGUAAAAGAGGAAUACUUCAAGAAGCUCUCGGAAAUCCCGGAGUCUGAGCGGGGCACAGAGAACUACUCCAACCUCCUGGAUAAGUUAGGUGGUUUCUUUGUGGACCUUGGGCUGUAUGAGGCUGCCAGAACUGUGUAUGAGAUGUUGGUUGCUGAUCUUGAGGCUCGGUACAGGGAGAGCCACACCACUGUAGUCUACAACGCCUUCGCUCAGAACUGGAAGUACAGAAUAGAACAUCCACAAGUUCUUAAUGCUCUGCAGAAGCUUGGGUUGAUUUGUGAGAAACUGAUGGAACUGGAUGCCAGUGAGUACUAUUACAAGGACGCCACCACCAGGCAGAACAGAGUGGUCACCCCCUCACAGAAAUUACAGUUGUGUAAGAGUCUGUUGGGGUUAGCCAGUGUCAUGAACUUGAAGAACAACAUGCCCCAGUCCCGGAAACUCCUGAUCCGAGCCCUGGAACUGGCCACGGAAGUCCUGGGGAUGCAGCAUCACUUUGUAGCAACCAUACUGAAUAAGCUUGGAGUGUUGGGGUACACCCAGAGUCGUGUGGACGAGGCCCUGGCCUACUACCUACAGGACUUGAAGCUGACCCGCAGUGAAGUGGGGGUCACUCAUCCCCGCGUGGCCCGCAUCCUGGGCUCCAUUGGGAUGGUGUACGACGACAAGAAUGACAAGAUGGCAGGUGAACUGUAUGAGAGCAGCCUCGCCAUGUUGCUGGACACGUAUGGAUCAGCUCAUGUUGAUGUGGCCACUGCUAGAUAUAACCUUGGAACCUUUUACUUUGCCACUAACUACUACGCUAAGGCAAAGUUCCAGUUUCAGGAGGCCUAUGAUGUCUACAAGGCCUUUCUCUCUGAUGAUCAUCCCGACACACAGGCAGCCAAAAAGGCCCUAGAGGCAGUGCCUUAACAAAAUUAUGUACAGACAGAUGGGCUCUGAAAAAUAAACAACUGUCCCAGAUUUAAGUUUAAAAAAAGGGCUUUGAUGGAGAAUGUCAAAUUGCUUGAAAGUUUCUGGAAAUCAACUUUGUUUAUUUAUUUACAGUAUUGACUGUAUUGUUGCAAAACCUUUUUUAUUUAUUCUACAUAUUUAUAUUGUCCAUACUGUGAUAUUAACCUUUUUUGUGGCAAAUUUCAUAUAUCCCAUAUCUUUACAUUGUUAAUAUUACCAAGUUAGCCAUUUUUGUGGCAAAAAUGUCCGAUAUUAUUGUUCUUGUUACUACAGUAUGUAGUUUGCUGGAAUUAUUGGUCAUUAUUGGUCUAUUUGAUGCUAUAUGACAUUUUUUUUAUUUAGAUAUUUCAGUGUUUAGAGGUUUUGUUUUGAUUUAAACCAAGUUUAAGAUUUGAGGAUUUUUAGAAUCAUAUACCAAAGAUGUGCUAGUUGUAUUAAAACAAGGUUUUUAGACAGUAUUGAAGGAGUUAGGUAUAGCUGUGUUAAAAUGUUUAUGUAGCUUACAGCUGGCUUAGAAGCCUGUUAAUGACUACAGGCCAUGCAUAAAUACUCAGAUUUCUCAAAUGGUUUUUUUUCUCCACUUAAUUGCACCAUGGACAUGUACAUAAAACUUUGGUUUUAAGUAUACUACAGUUGUAGAUUUUAUUCCUUUCACAAAGUUUUCAGGCUAAUAGCACCAACUAAUCUGUGUCCACUUCUUAUGUUACAGUAGAAAAAUGAUUUGGUUUUCAUGACUGGUGAAAGCACAUAUGUUGUCUACAAAGCUGUUUCAUGACCCUCAACCAAAGUCAUUAGAUGAAGGUCAGGGUCAUGUAACCUUGUUCAAUUUUGGUUUUAUUGCAUCCAAAAAUUUUUGAUUUACACAGAAUUUCAUGUUUUGGGAAUAAAGGGAGUCACUGUGAAUCUGAGGGUACAUCUGAUUAUCAGGGAAACUUUGUUGAACAUCAGUAUGUGAUUUAUAUAAACUUUGUGGUCCGUGGUUUUACUGCAAAGAGACAUCAGAGGUUCGUAGUUGGCACCACUAAUGUUCAUUAUCUUGAGCAUUGAGAAAUACUGCGUAUCCUAUCUUUUUUUACAUUAAAUUAUUAUACAUGUCUUAAUUUAAAUGAGGUUUUUUGGCCGAAUCUGUAUUAGGACAUGAAUUUCUUUCUGACAGCUGUGGUUUAUUUAUCUUUAUACAUUUACAUGUAUAUUUUUAUUUAUAUGAUAUGUAUUUUGGGUUUUUUUUCACUCUGUCUCAUAAAUUUUGUAAUGUGAUGAAUAUUUCCACAAUUUGUAUUUUAUUUUACAUAUGUAACUGGCUGUGGUAUUUUAUGACAAUCAUUUGUUGUAUAUUGUUUUGCCUGUAAUAUAAAGUUAAUAACAAAGAAUUAAACAGUAUUUAUCCCAAAUACAGGGUCCUUAAAAAUAAUGACUGUAUCUUUAAUGAUAUUUCUUUUUUAAUUGGUGUGUGUGUUUUGUGUGUAUUUUGAGGUCUUGUGGGUCAAAUAUUUUGACUCCUAUGACCUAUGAGCCUUUUUAUACAUGAAUGUACAGUUUAACUUUGAUAUCUCGAACACUGAUAUCUGGAUUACAAAGAAUAUGUCCAAGUGAUUUGUAAGUCCCAACCACUUAUUUUAUAUGUAUUUUACCUUCGAUAACUCAAAUACUCAGAUAUGUCGAAGUUUUUGAACAGUCCCAUCUAGUUCGAGAAAACGAAGUUUGACUGUAUACACAUUAUUGUUUUUUCAUGGAAAGAUGGUUUCAUUUUAUGAAAUUGUUUAAGAAUGCAUUGAAGUUUACUCAUUUGGAGUAAAUCAAGAUAGUUAUAGUGCAAGAUGCAGGUGAUAUUGAACUUGUAAAUUAAAACUUUGUUAAUCUUGCUAACAGCAUUUAAAGGUGGUUUAGGACACUUGUCAAUAUGAAAUUCAUAUUAUGAAUGUGGAUUAAAGUACAUUUUAAUCAAAAUACUUAAACCAUUUUCAAAUUUUUACAUUUUUUGACCCAAAAAAAGUUUGUUUUAAAUUUUUUGGAAAGGUAAAAGUUUCAAAAGCUCUAGUAUGAUUAAAACUCAUGACUUACAGAUUCCCUGUCAACGCUCUAAUUCAUUGCGCUAGGCUGUUACGAGAGAAUAUAGGUAUAGGAACAGUUUUUUAAAUUAUACCUGAUUUUAUUUGUUAAUUCAAUUGAAUUGUUACAAUUAUAGGAGGUGUCCCAUUCCACCUUUAAUUUAUUUAAUACUGUAUUUACAGUGUAUAUCUAUUGAUUAAAACACUCCGUCCUGUAAGCUGUACAUCUCUGUGAUUUCAUAUAUUAAACGUUUUAAGUCCAAAA